AUGUCCUUAUGCAUCAAUCUGAGGUACUGCCAUAUCUUCAGGGAAAGAGUGUACGGUUGUAGAUCAAUACUUUUAAUGAUGCUAAAGUCACAGCAUCCAAUGAGCAGUGUGACACGGUGAAAUGUCAUUCAAAGGGCAAUAGGGCUGGGCGUGCCGUUUCCUGUCAAGAAGGGGGUGUGGUCUGCGGGAGCUAAGGACACGCAACGCCCUCCAAACCGGACCUGGUAUGAGGUCACCGGAUGGCUGCUAUUGAUUAAGGAUAGGCCCUCUCACAUGUCAUCAAGCGCGUCACUCACCACGGUGAGCUUGAGGACACUGGAAUGCACGAAGCACAUAAAGACAAUUGUUUCGGAAUGACCUAUUGUGACCUAGCGUACAGAGGUGCGAGAUUUCAGAAUAGGGAGAAAAGGUUGGAGAAUGUAAUCAUUCCGAACUCACUCGAGAUGUUUAUGUGUCAGAGGGCUUGGGGAAUGUUCUAGAGAAGCGUAGCUCAGCUGCAAAAGCAGGGACACCCUGCCUGUGGCCUCCAUUUCCCAAUUCUUUGUUUCAUCACGUCCCCAGUUGAAGGGGACGCCCACGCCGAGGCUCCACAUCCCGUCUUUGGGUCACUGUUUUUUUUCCCCGCACCAGGAUGAGGGGGGGUGUUCCCAUACAAAUGCUGCGCCCACUCUGGGCCCCCGACGCAGAGCCACACAGAGCCUUGGAGGUCCACGAUGAGCUCCCGGACUUUCGCCUGGCGCCUGGGUGUCGCCCUUUUUGUGCUGGCGAUCUGCUGCAUGUUGGCAAACACGCUGCUCUAUUUCCCCAACUGGAAGGCCAACUAUGCCAGGGAGGAGAACCACCUCAGCAAAUAUGUGUGGAACUUUGCGGGGAUCUCGGGCGGCGGGCUGGUGAUAUUUCUCUCCGCUGCAGUGUUCAUGAACCUGGACGACUGCAGACGCCGCGGUAACCACCGCAGCUGCGGAACAAGCUGCGCACUGUUUGGUUCUGUGGCGGCCGCCCUGAUUGGUCUGGCGGGCUCUGGGUAUUGCUUCGUCAUCUCGGCCAUGGCGCUGAUGGAGGGGCCCCCAUGCUUGACCGACACGGAAUGGACGUACCCGUUUGAGAACCAGGGCGGGCAGUACCUGAUGAACCACACCUUGUGGGAGAUGUGCAAGGAGCCAAAAGGUGUGGUGGAGUGGAAUGUGACUCUCUUCUCCAUCCUCCUGGUUCUCAGCGGCAUAGAGGCUCUCAUCUGUGCUGUUCAGGCCAUUGCCAGCCUGUUGGGGGGGUUGUGUAGGGGCUGGUGUCACCGGAGCCACUACACACUGAAUGCCUGAGCCCCCCCCCCAAUCCUACUACUGCUAGAACUGACCCUGAACAGGAAUGGCCUACUGGGGUUGCAAUUCCUCCGCUCCCCUGAGCAGAAAACAGAUCCCUUCACUAAACGUUCUCAGGAUCAUCCCUGCAUCCUUUCAUGAACCACCUGACAGUAUUCCUUUGUGUCUGUUUUAUGCAUUUAUUAUAUUUAUGUAAAACUAAACUGAAGUUCUGUCAUUUUUGAAAACGAAUGUACAUGUCACUCUGUAUUGUGAAUUUUAAAACUGCAUUUUAUAUUUUUAUAACGUUUGUGCUUUCUUUAAUAAAAAAAAAAACUGAAAA